UAAACCUGCCAUUCAGAAAGACUGGUCAACUGAAUUUGCAUUCCCAGAAACCAGGACAUUUCUGAAACUGAGUUUUAAAACUGGCAGCUCUUUUGCCAUCCCUUUGUAUUUUCGCAGUCUCUCCCUGUGCCAGCUUUCUUACAGCUGUUCAGAUUUCCUGUUGUAAUAUUUUUUUUCUUUUUCUCCAGGGAGGGGAAAUCAAUAUUACCUCUUCUCUAGAAAGGAGGUGGUUGGGCUGGUCUUAAGCGUGUUAGAAGAUCUUUUUUGAUUCAGACCAGGUCUCUGGCCUGAGUAAAUUCCAGCCUGGGGCGAGGACUUUGAUCACCAGAUGUUUUAUCGGUGUGCAUGCUGUCUUGUGGUUGCGUGGCUGGUUUCUGCUUCAAAUGCAGAGCACUGUCCAGAGCUUCCUCCAGUGGACAACAGCAUAUUUGUUGCAAAGGAGGUGGAUGGACAGAUUCUGGGGACUUACAUUUGUAUCAAGGGCUACCACCUGGUAGGAAAGAAGACCCUUUUUUGCAAUGCCUCUAAGGGGUGGGAUAACACCACUACUGAGUGCUGCUUGGGUCACUGUCCUGACCCUGUGCUGAUGAACGGCGAAGUCUAUUCUUCAGGACCUGUGAAUGUAAGUGACAAAAUCACGUUUAAGUGCAGUGAUCAUUACAUCCUCAAGGGCAGCAAAUGGAGCCAGUGUCUAGAGGACCACACCUGGGCACCUCCCUUUCCCAUCUGCAAAAGUAGAGACUGUGACCCUCCUGGGAAUCCAGCUCAUGGGUAUUUUGAAGGAAAUAAUUUCACCUUAGGAUCCACCAUUAGCUAUCACUGUGAAGACAGAUACUACUUAGUGGGCACACAGGAGCAGCAUUGCAUUGAUGGGGAGUGGAGCAGUGUACCUCCAGUCUGCAAGUUGAUCCAGGAAGCUCCAAAACCAGAGUAUGAGAAGGCACUUCUUGCCUUUCAGGAAAGUAAGGACCUCUGCAAAGCCAUAGAGAACUUUAUACAACAAUUAAAUGAAAAUGACCUGAAAAUGGAGGAGCUAAAAUAUUCUCUGGAGCUGAAGAAAACUGAGUUGAAGGCAAAAUUGUUUAAAACUGCAGCUGAGCAGAUGUAAUAGAAAUAAACCUAUGAAUAAAUUUUCCUCUUGGUUCUGAAA